AUGCUUGGCUGGACAAUUCUCGACCCAGUUCAUGAUCAAUCUCAUCAUUCACCUAGACUGUCUCAUCAUAUCAUCUCAAAUGCUCAACUGCACGACUCUCUCACCGAGUUCUGGGAACUUGAAGAAGUUCCAGAGUCCUGCAACGAAACUCUCACCGUCGAGAAAGCUGAGUGUGAAGCUCACUUCCUAUCAACUCAUUCUCGAGACGCAUCAGGACGAUACAUCGUCCGUUUACCAUUCAAAUCAUCAUAUCAGAAGCUAGGUGAAUCUCGUCAUAUUACGCAGCGCCGUCUCAACCGUCUCAUGAAGCGUCUUUCUCAAGACCCAGAACUUCAAGAUCAAUAUAUUGCUUUUCUCAACGAGUAUGAAUCACUCGGACACAUGACUCGAGUCUCAUCAACAUCGCCUGAACCUUCUCAUGUAUAUUAUUUACUUUAUCAUUGCGUUGUUCGCGAAGACAGCGAAACCACCAAGUUGAGGGUCGUGUUCAAUGGUUCAAGCAAAACAUCAUCAGCCAGCUCUCUCAAUGAUCAUCUGCAUAUCGGCCCAAGCCUGCAAUCAAAGAUCUGUGAUGUACUUCUGUACCUCAGAAGUCACAGAUACAUCUUCUUGACUGACAUCGUUAAGAUGUUUUGCCAAAUUCUCAUCCACCCUGAUGACAGGGACUAUCAGCGCAUCCUCUGGACAGAGAACGGUCUCACUGUGGCUUAUCAACUCAACACCGUCACAAAUGGCACUCGACCAGUACCAUAUCUUGCUGGCCGAGCUCUCAAACAACUUCUCAUCGACGAAUGGUCUCAAUAUCCACUAGCAGUGGAACCCUUUCAAAAGGGCAGCUACGUCGGCGACAUCGGCGGCGGUGCCGACAAUCUCAGCGAUCUCAACGACAUUGCAAAUAAUGUCGAGGCACUUUGCAACUUAGGUUGCUAUCCACUAGCUAAAUGGAAAAGCAAUCAUCCUCAGUUCAGCAAAAUCUCAUCAUCACUCAGUCCAGAAGAUUCUCAUUCAUUCUCAGACCACAUCUCAAAAAUCUUGGGUCUCUCAUGGAAUUGUCAAGAAGAUGUUCUCACGUUUACUGGCAAGACUUCUCAGACUUUCAGCAUCACCAAGCGCACCAUCACCUCAGAGGCUGCUCAAUUAUUUAACCCUCUGGGUUUAAUCUCACCGGUAAUUGUCAAGGCAAAAAUAAUCAUACAGGAACUUUGGCUACAAAAGGUCGACUGGGAUGAUGCACUCUCACCAGAGCUAGUUCACCGAUGGAAGACUUUCCGCGAUGAACUUCCUCAACUCUCUCAUCUCAGAAUUCCUCGAUGGAUCAAUCUCAUCCCAAAUUCAUCUGGCAUCGAGAUUCACGGGUUUUCUGACGCAUCUCAAGCUGCAAUGUCUGCAGUAUUAUAUCUCAGAGUCUGUCUACCUGGCGAACAGACUAUCAUCUCUCUCAUCUGCUCUAAAACUAAAGUCGCACCACUCAAACGUCUCACGAUUCCUCGACUCGAACUCUCAGCUGCAUUAUUACUCUCAAGACUGGCAUCUCAUGUCUCAUCGAUGCCUCAACUAUCUCAUGUUCCAACUUAUCUAUGGACUGACUCAUCAACAACACUUGUUUGGGUCACCAGUGAACCCACAAGAUGGAAAGAAUUCGUCAAGAACCGAGUUGAAGCGAUCCAGCACCAUUCUCCAGAUGCACACUGGAGAUACAUCUCAGGAAAACAGAACCCUGCUGACUGUGCAUCUAGGGGUCUAACCGCAUCUCAGCUCAUCAACCAUCAGUUAUGGUGGUCAGGACCCAGCUGGCUAGCUGAUCCUCCCUCUCAAUGGCCAUCUCAUCAUGUUCUCAGUUCAGCAGCAGAUGAAACCGAGCAAGUAAACUCAGAAAUGAGACCUUGCAAUUCUCACGUCUCUACUAGUCCACCUCUCAUGCCACUAUCAUCUCUCCUUCACUCAUGGACUACACUCACAGCUCUACUACGGCGUACUGCAACAGUAUUCAGAGCAAUCUCAUGUUUUAAAAAGGUACCUGGUUCAUCACUCAGCAUCUCACCUCUCACUCCUGCUGAAUUACAAUCAGCUCUCAUCCACUGGAUUAAAUCAACGCAGCAGGAAUAUUUCUCAUCAGAAAUCUCAGCAUUAUCUCAAGGCAAUACUCUCAAGAAAUCUCACUGUUUCACCCGUCUCACCGCAUUCAUCGAUCAAGCUGGCGUAAUCAGAGUCGGUGGACGUCUUAAGAAUUCAGCAUUGGAUUCUGACAGCAAGCAUCCAGCAAUCCUUUCCAAGGAUUGUAUGCUCUCACGUCUUAUCAUCUCAGACUCUCAUCUACGCACUUUGCACGGAGGUACCCAACUUACUUUAUCUCAUGUUCGCAAGAAGUGUUGGAUAAUUGGUGGACGAGCUCCAAUUAAAAACUUCAUCCAUCGCUGUCUCACCUGUGCACGAAUGCGGGGAGUCAGAUCUCAACAACUCAUGGGUCAACUUCCAUCUCAUCGAGUCUCACCAUCUCUCGUCUUCGAGAACAUUGGAGUCGAUUACGCCGGUCCAGUGUCUCUGCCACUUCUCACCGGUGCUCUCAAGGAAUCAUCUCAUCUACAGCAGCAUCUCGCCAAUGACGGAACCCAGUGGUCAUUUAAUCCACCUGGUGCUCCUCAUAUGGGAGGAAAAUGGGAGGCUGCAGUAAAAUCAAUAAAGUAUCAUCUUCAGCGAACCAUUGCUGAUACACUUCUCACCUACGAAGACUUCUCAACUUUUCUCAUACAAGUUGAAGUUGUUCUCAAUUCUCGUCCUCUCAGCGCACUCUCAGAAGAUCCGGACGAUCUCACUGCUCUCACGCCCGGACAUUUCAUCCGCGGUGCUGCUAUCAAUACCAUUCCGGAACCUAAUCUCACCGCAAUCUCAACCUCAAAACUAUCUCAUCUGCAACAUAGUCAAGAACGCUUACAGCACUUCUGGGACCGGUGGUCUACAGAAUGCUUACAAUCUCAUCAAUCAAUCUCAAAAUGGAAUACCUCUUAUCACGACAUCGCGGUUGGAUCACUUGUCUUGCUCUCAGACGAGCGGUAUCCACUAAGAAAAUGGCCGCUCGCCCGUGUCAUCCAACUACAUCCUGGUGCCGAUGGUCUCAUCAGAGUGGUCACUCUCAAAACUGCAUCAUCAAAUCAUAAAAGGCCAAUCAGCAAACUAGUGCUAUUGACCGUCUCAUCUACCACGGAAGAUUCUCAGAAAUUGUCUCACUUCUCCAACGAGUAG